AUGGCGCAGUCGCUUUCUCUCUCCAGCAAGGGGUUGAAAGGCCAGGUGGUUCUGGUUUUGGGAGGAGCGGGGCAGGUAGGAUCAGCAGUUGCGCUGGACCUGCUUCGCAAGGACGCUGUCGUAGCCGUGCCCUCACGCUCGCGCAAAUCGCUCGACCAGCUGGGCAACUACCUACGAGACCAUGGUGCCGACGUCACCAAUCUGGUGAUGUUUCAAGACGACGUGGGUACCAAGGAGGGCGCUCUUCGCGUGCUCGAAGCUUUGCAGGCUCACGAAGCGACUGGCGGUCGGCUGGAUCAUGUAGUGGCAUCGCUCGGAUCGUGGUCCCAAGCCGGCCCCCUUCUCGAACGCUCGCUCAGCGAAUUCAACGAACAGCUGCACAACAGCGCAGGAAUCCACUUCGUCGCCCUCUCGGUGUUUCUACCACGCAUCGCCGACCAGGAAGGCUCUUCCUACACAAUCCUCACAGGUGAUUCGGGUGAUAGGCUCGUGGCUCCGGGCGCAGGUCUGGUCUCCGUGGGUGAUGCGGCGCUGUGGGGCGUGAGCGCCGUGGUGCGCGCUGAGUUCCACGAGCGGCAGGCCAGGGUCAACGAGUUACGCAUCGGCGCGAUGAUCAGGUCCAAGGUAACUGAGCCGGCGGAGGUGCUCGACAAGGAUGUUGCAACCGUAAUCACCGGCAUUAUGGCUGGGCACAACGCGGUGAAAGGGCAGGUCAUUCGCUUGACGGCGGACAACGUCCGCGAACAGUUGGAGACCCAUGCCAUGCAAAGGUUUUCCCUAUAA